AUGUCCGAGGAAACACAUCAUAAGUUCGAACGCCGUUGCUCAACCACACAGCAGCGUCGACUUAACUUACAGUUCGAGCGCAAUGCGUGGUUAGGGCCUCCGUCAGAUAAUAUCUACGCAGGGGUUUCGGUCAACUUUGAGUCGCCCCAUUCGUCAACUAUAGCAAUCGCAAUCCGCGACGUCACAUACCUCCUGGACUUUAUCGAAAGGGAAUUUCGGGGCGAGCAAGCGUGUCCAGAAAAUGUGGCCAACUUCAUCAUUGCAGAACUCAAAUCUUACUCCGAUAAUCACUUGGAGAAAUUCAUUGGGAUAUCAAUGCCACAAUACGUUGCAGAUGAAUGCCCUCGGCUCUGUCCUCGCCUCUGGGCGGAGCUAGAUAUUGUUCCACUGGUCAUGUCGAACACCUCGCUGGUAGACAGGAUAAGUGUUGCACAGACUAACGAGGGUGAUGACCUGGAGCCUGAGCAAUGGGACAUAAAGACCAUCGAUGAACAGGCAGAGUCCAUGGCACGGAAAGGUGUCAGGUUCGCUUUUUGGACCGGACAACACCCCCUGCUACAAGUCGGCUUCCUUGGUCUUGUGGAGGUCGACACAGCUUAUCAUGUCCGGACUGCAGAUUUGCAGGAUUUCAGGGACACAGUUUCAGACAGAACUUGGUCCGCUGUUCAACACUAUGCCAACGACCUGAAAGAGCGCAAGGUCAAGGUUGCAUUCUUCAGUUCCACGCCUCAGGGAGGUGGUGUGGCUUUGAUGCGUCACGCUCUGUUGCGAUUUUCGCACUGUUUAGGCACUGACUUCAAAUGGUACGUUCCAAAACCACGACCGGGCGUUUUCCGAGUUACCAAAACAAAUCACAACAUCCUGCAAGGUAUUGCUUCCAAGGGCGAACGCUUGACAUAUGACAACAAGAAAAUCUUGCAAGAAUGGAUUGAGGAAAACGCCAGGCGAUAUUGGACCCGAGCAGGCGGGCCUUUACUUCCACCGUCAGAGGGCGGCGCAGAUGUGAUAAUGAUCGACGAUCCUCAGAUGCCGGGCAUCAUCCCGAUUGCCAAAUUGUUGGCUCCAGACCGUCCAAUUGUAUUCCGGAGCCAUAUUCAGAUACGAAGUGACUUGGUCGCAAUACCCGGCUCUCCACAGGCAGAGGCGUGGGACUUUCUGUGGAGUACCAUAAAAUACGCAGACUGCUUUAUCAGUCAUCCCGUGAGCUCGUUCGUGCCGCACAACGUGCCUCCUGAGAGAGUAGGCUAUAUGCCUGCAUCAACUGACUGGUUGGAUGGGCUGAACAAGACAAUGCGGGACUGGGAUAUUGCUCACUAUGGUCGAAUAUUCAAUGCAGCCUGUCGUAAUGCGGACAUGCCUCCCAUCCAAUACCCCGAGGAUAAAUUCAUCGUUCAGAUUGCCCGGUUCGACCCGUCAAAGGGCAUCAUGGAUGUGAUAGUCUCAUACGAAAAGUUCUACAACAAACUAAUGGCCAAAUCGCCUAAGACACCCCCUCCCAAAUUACUAAUUUGCGGACAUGGAUCUGUGGAUGACCCGGAUGGAGCCCAGGUCUACGAUGAGAUAAUCAAUUAUAUGGAUGAGAAGACCGAAGAUAUCCGCCACCUGAUCUGCGUGAUGCGGCUGCGCCCAGUUGAUCAAGUCCUGAAUGCCCUUCUUUCCAAGGCGACUAUAUCACUGCAACUCUCCACAUUCGAAGGCUUCGAGAUCAAAGUCUCCGAGGCAAUCCACAAAGGCAAACCAGUCAUUGCCACGCGAGCUGGUGGCAUCCCGCUGCAGGUUGAGAAUGGGAAGAAUGGCUUCCUGGUUGAUGUUGGCGAUACCGAUGCUGUGGCGCAGCAUUUGUUCGAGCUUUGGACGGAUGAGAAGUUGUACCACAACAUGUCAAACUACGCCAUCAGCCAUACCAGUGAUGAGGUGAGCACUGUGGGCAAUGCUAUCGACUGGCUCUACCUAGCUGCCAAGUUGUCGCGUGGCGAGACUGUCCGGCCCAAUGGACAAUGGAUCGAUGAUAUGGCGUUUGAGGAUGCCGGAAUUACCCCCAACAGUGAGGAUCUGCGGCUGACACGCGCAGUGAAGGUAGAGCAUAUGGGCUAG